GUGGGAUUGUCUUCUCCGCGCAAUGGGCUACACAUGAGUCGGCUAGCUCGAGUCAGGAUCGCCUUGACUUUCAACAGCUCAAGCAGCGACUUCACAAUGCAAAUGCUACCCGGGGACCUGACGCCCAGCAGACGCGUCAGCUAGCUGUUGCAAACGAUGGAGGCCUCCAGAUGUAUCUAGAAUUCUUUGCGUCUGAGUUAUGUCUGAGGGGCGAUGCGUCUAUCAUACAGCCUCAUGUGAACGAAGAGAGGGGUGAUAUGUUGUGCUGGAACGGAGAGAUCUUCGAAGGUCUCAAUAUCAGUGCGGACGAGAACGAUGGUGUGAAACUAUUCUCUUCAUUCAUCGGGCUUGAGAGUCCAGAGGAUAUUCCACAGCUUCUGGGAACGAUUGAGGGGCCAUACGCCUUCGUAUACUAUCAUCAUGCUUCGCGCCGCUUGUUCUUUGCUCGCGACCCUCUAGGUCGUCGUUCUCUUCUCAUCCACAAGCCGUCAAGCAUGAAUCCGUAUUUCUUGUUAGCCUCUGUAUCCAUCGGCAACCGUCCCGAAUACGAUUUGACAGAAGUAUCAACUGAGUGUGUCUACGUGCUCGAUUUAAAUCGCCUCAGCGACUCGCAAGAUCCCGUAUCACACUUUGGGGAUAGUUUGCAAAGCAUCUCACGUGUGCCCAAUUCGAACACAAAUUCCACAUCGACCUUCGCUGAGCCGAGCCGAGUCAAUCGUGUCCUACCGUCGUCAGGAGAUUUACCAAUGCUGCGGUCUCUCGACGAGAUACCGAGCCAUCUGAGGGCUGCUGUUGACGGCCUCAUCUCUCAUCUUAGUGAGAGCGUGAUGCUUCAUGUGCGUGAUAUUCCUUGGCGGCUGGCAAACCAUGCGCAGGUCAAGGGAGAUGCUACGAAUAUCGCUCGUGUCGCUGUACUUUUCAGCGGGGGAAUUGAUUCCACCAUUGUUGCCUAUUUAGCACAUAGACACCUCCCUCUAGACGAACCGAUAGAUCUUUUGAACGUAGCAUUUGAGAACCCACGCAAGCUACGGAUACAGACAGAAGGCAAUAUCGGGGGUUUGAAGAAAAAACAGAAAAAGCAGAAGAUGCGGGACAACGCCUCUGGGACAGUUCACGACGAAAAGUAUAACCCAGAUUAUCUGGUUCCCGACAGAAUGACUGGUUUGACGGAGGUUGAAGAGCUGCGACGUAUAUAUCCUGGUAGGACGUGGAAUUUUGUUGAGGUGGACGUUCCUUAUGCAGAGUCCCAGGCCGCUCGCCCAACGGUUGAGGCCUUGAUGUGGCCAGGACGGACAGUUAUGGACCUGAGCCUUGCAAUGGCACUGUACUUUGCAGCCCGAGGGGUGGGUCAAGUGCGGAGUACUGCCAGUGAUGACCCAGUUCCUUAUGCCAGUCCCGCCCGAGUGCUAUUGAAUGGGCUGGGGUCAGAUGAGCUAUUGGGAGGAUAUGGCAGGCAUCGCACGGCUUUCCAAGCUGGCAGCUGGCAAGCAGUAAUAGACGAGUUGCAACUCGAGAUAGACCGCAUCCCAACGCGCAACCUUGGUCGAGACGACCGUGUCAUCUCCUCUCACGGUAAAGAAACACGACACCCUUUCCUUUCCUUGAACGUCGUCGCGUUUCUGGCAGCCCUGCCAGUCCAUAUAAAAAUGGAUCCAAGGCUAGAACUUGGAGUAGGUGAUAAGAUGUUGCUGAGGUUGGCCGCGAGAGAUGUUGGACUCGUGGAGGCCAGCGCUCGGAAGAAAAGGGCGAUGCAGUUUGGGAGCCAUUCGGCGAGGAUGGAAGCGGGCGUGGGGGAUGGGGGUGGACAAUUGUUGCUCUCAUGAUUUUGGAUGACAUGCAACUGCUGUAGCAUUUCUCUGAAACAAAUAAAUGUUGAGG